UUUAAUUUGUCCCAAUUUUAGAAGUAUCGCUAUGCAUGGAAUACGCAAGCGCUUGUGACAGAGGCGCAACUACGAGCCACACACAUUCACAAGAGGGGGCCCGGUCACUAGUAGGCUUAACAGUUUUAUAUUCUCUGUCACGUCCUACACAAUACAACACUUUUUUAAGAGGCACAAAAACCUUGAAAUCAUACGAACUGCGACCUAGUUCCCAAAUACACCAUCAGCUACUCAAGUCUCUUUUACUUCGCAGGAUUCGCCACGCAGACCUUCUACAAUGACUGCCUAAUUUAUACUUGGCUCACGUCUCCCCAUAACGAUAAAGACAUUUGGAACAUACCUAGAGGAGUCGAGCGUGUAGGGAUACCUAAGGGUCCAGUCGUAUUACGGGUAAAAAAAAGAAGUUGCACGUGCAUCAACUGCUAGCCCGGAAAUGUGGGUGGAGCGAUAGAGGCAGCGAAAUUUAUUUAAAGGGAAUCGUAGCAAAUUUUGCGGUAUCAGUACAUUUCUGCAAAAGAAGUAUCUGUAGGCGUUGGAAGGUGCAAAAAAGAAAAUGACUGAGAGCACGUGCAUACGGAGAAGGGGUGGGCCUUAUAAAACAGAGCAUGCAACUGACUUAACACGCUGGAGACUUGCCAAUGUCGAAGGGCGGCAAACGUGGCAGUAUUUUGAAGAACAUGAGACAAUAGAAAGAGAGCAAAAUAUACUGGAAGCUUAUUCUGUAGGACUUGAUAUAGGAAGGUUUACAAAGGACUUACCAAAGGCUCAAGUAGCUAGAGAAGCAGCUGAAAAUGGAAUGAAGUUUUAUUCUGCACUGCAGGCAGAAGAUGGCCACUGGGCUGGAGACUGCGCGGGACCUCUUUUUUUACUUCCAGGGCUUUUGAUCACAUGUCAUGUAGCCAGCAUUCCCUUGCCAGAAGCCUUUAAGAAGGAGAUGAUACGGUACCUUCGUUCAGUGCAACUUCCUGAUGGCGGAUGGGGACUCCACAUUGAAGAUAAGUCUACAGUGUUUGGUACAACUCUGAACUAUACCGCCAUGAGAAUCCUUGGAGUUGGACCUGAUGAUACAGAUUUGGUCAGGGCAAGAAAUAACCUGUACAGUAAAGGUGGAGCUGUUGGCAUCCCUUCUUGGGGUAAAUUUUGGUUGGCUGUCCUGAAUGUUUACAGCUGGGAAGGGAUAAACACACUUUUUCCUGAGAUGUGGCUGUUCCCUACCUGGAUGCCUGCUCACCCUUCCACAAUCUGGUGCCACUGUCGCCAGGUGUACCUUUCCAUGAGUUACUGCUAUGCUGCCCGCUUGAAAGCCAAAGAAGAUGAUCUUAUCCUUAGCCUUAGACAGGAGCUGUAUGUGCAGGACUACGGUAGCAUUGACUGGCCAAAACAGCGUAACAAUGUGGCUGCCUGUGAUAUAUUUACUCCACAUAGCUGGUUUCUUACACUAGCAUAUGCGGUGCUAAAUUUCUAUGAGGCACAUCACAGUACUAGCCUGCGGAAGAAAACCAUGAUGGAGCUGUUCGACCACAUUGAUGCUGAUGAUCGGUUUACGAAAUGUAUCAGCAUUGGAGCAGUUUCAAAUACAAUUAAUAUGCUGGUUCGCUGGUACGUGGAAGGUUCAUUGUCUCCAGUUUUUCAGGAGCAUGUGUCCCGAAUCCGAGAUUACCUCUGGCUUGGGCUUGAUGGUAUGAAGACACAGGGCACUAAUGGCUCUCAGCUAUGGGAUACAGCACUUGCUGUGCAGGCAUUCCUGGAGGCCGGAGCACACAAAAAUCCUGAAUUUAUCACCUGCCUACAACGUGCCCACCAGUUCUUAAGAAUCACACAGGUCCUGGACAAUCCUCCAGACUACCAGAAAUACUAUCGACAGAUGACCAAGGGUGGUUUCCCUUCAAGCACGCGUGACUCUGGCUGGAUUGUGACAGAUUGCACUGCAGAGGGACUGAAAUCAGUACUGCUUUUGCAAGAGAAGACCUUGUUAAUUACUAACCCGAUUCCUAAGGAGCGCCUUUUUGAUGCUGUCAAUGUGCUUCUGAGUAUGAGAAAUGCAGAUGGUGGAUUUGCUACGUAUGAAACAAAAAGGGGAGGGCGACUUUUAGAACUCCUUAAUCCCUCAGAAGUAUUUGACUCAGUGUAG